AUGGAUCUUAUAAACGAAUUUCUUAACUUAUUAACAAAGGGAAAGCAGUUAACAAAAGUUUUACUUGACAGAACUCUGAACGCUGUGCUUUCUGUCGACGCGAGCGAAGUACGCGAAAAGCAGACGAUAUCAAACAUUUCAAUUGCUUUUUCAGUAAUUGGGGAGAAAGAGCAGUAUACGGAACCAAAAAUUAUAUCUUGUCUUAAAAUUCUUCUGCAUUUAUGUUUUGUAGGGAAACACCCAGAUUUGGGUGAUAUCUUUAUAGAAACAUUUACCGGACUGGAUCCUUCUCUCAACAAUUCUCUCAAAAAGUCAAUCGGUCCAUUGGCUUUGUCUUUGGGAUGCCAAUACUUAAACGAAACAGAAUUUUUGAAUGUGACAACUACCCUUGAAUUAUACGAUGAACAAGAAUACCAAAUGAUUGUUUUCGAACGCGUUGUCCUUCAAAUAAUGUCACUUUUUAUUGCAAAGUGCGAAAAUAAUAAGCUUUAUUUGAUUAAUAAUCGAAAAGAACUGAAUUUAUAUGCGAUUGGCAGGCGAUUAACCCACCGUGAUUUUGCAUGUAGGUUUCUGUGCGGACUUUUUAUAUCAAGAUUUUCGGUGUCUGGGGUGGAUGAGGAAAGUAAUAGACAAAAUGUUAUUCGCCUAAAUCUUUUUUGCCCGAGCGAUUCGUCGAAACCUAUGUUGACCAUGCAAAUGCUAAAGGCAGAUCGAAUCUUUCAGACCUGCGUUGCGAACUCUACCAAGGUCUAUGCUGGAACAUUCUCAAUAGGCUUAGAAACACCCGUAAAUGCUACUAUGAUUGUCGAGCCCAGGGAUGUUAUCAUUUAUAGGAAAGGAAGUACUUUGUUGCAGCUUUCGUGGGGAUCAAUAAAAGAUAUUACGAUGACAAGUGAUCAAACCUAUAGAUUUUGUUUCACUACAGACAUACCGCAUUUAAAAGAUUGUAUGUUUGAAUGCCUGGACGAUUCCUCCUUUGGUGACUUGGAUUCAACUUUGCAGUUUGUCGGAGAUUCUUUAACACCUAAACUGUUUGUCUCUCCGAAAGUAGCUGUAAAUCAAUCAAAUAACGAUGAUAAGGAUACACAAACGGAAGAAUCACAACAUUCCGUCCGUGGUCCGAUGGAGUAUGAUAGUGCAUAUGAAAAUUUCGAAAAUGAAGUUCUCGAUAAAAGUGUCUGUGCAGAGUCAGUAAAUGAAGCUUCCCCAGAGGAGGACAAUGAGAACUUGGAGCUUAAGGUAAACGAGCCCAAGAAUGCUUAUGCUGAUGAAAAUAUUACCAAUUCCGAAAAUACAGCGAAUGAGGAGGCUAUAAUAGCACAUGAAACUACUGGAGAAAUAGCAGAGGAUAGAAAUCAAGCAACUUUGGGAAAUGGUACUAUGAUUACCCCACUUAAGAAGCGUGCACGUGCUGGCAAAGCAUCUACAAAAAGUAGUCGUCUUCCAAGGGUCAAGAAGCCAAGGAAGAAUGAGAAAAACAAAGGAGAAGAUAAUCCUUUAGCAGGUUUGAAAGAACAAGAAACACCUUGUCCAAAGAAUAACAAGCAGACCAAAGAACUCUUAAGGCCAGAAGGAGACAACGAUUCUGAGCAAUCUCUUCUAGAUGACAGAGAAAGGGACAACCAAAGUAAUGAUGAAAAAGAAAAUAAUGAAUUGCGCGACAGUGUGAAGCCGGAAAUGAAUACUGUUGAACCUAUGAGUAAUACAAAACCAUCGAUAGAAACAAUGGAAAAAGUUAAACAGGAGCCUUCGAGUCAUAUAUUAAAUGCCUUGGAUCAUUCACAGCAACCUGAUCACAAAUCAAUUUGGAAGCAAAUGCUGAAGGACAAAUCGUGGAAGAAUGAGCUUUUUACGCCCCCUUCUCAGAAUCGAAAGCGGCAAGUUGAUUUAGCAACUUUCACAAAACAAGGUUAUUCGACACUUGGAAAUAAUCCCUCAUUGCUUAAUACUUGCUCAAGUCCUCCUACUGAAGCUUCGUCCUUGGGCGGCCCUUCUGUCAAUCAUACUGAGGAUGGAUUAACCAGUAGUACGUUGAAUUCAGACACCAACGAUCAUGUGAAAGAUUUAAAUCUACGGUCAGUUAAACAGGAAGAAAAAGUGUCCAAGCUCUCAUAUGGAUUGGAUAAGGUACAAUUAAAGAGUGUUGGUCAAGUUGAUUUACCAAACGCUCAUGGAGUUGAACGCUGUGUUUCUUUAAUUGGAAAACAAAUAUAUUCAACUAUAACUAAACGCGAAGAAAAGUUAAAAGAGCAAUUAAACGUUUUUCAUUCGAACUCGACUAAUUUAGUUGAAGAAUUUCAAGGGAGACAAAAGGCUAGGUAUGCAUCGAUAGAGAAGAUGCUUACUUCGGUGGAUACUAGUCUAAUGCACCGAGUGAAAAAACUGAUUUAUGAAUAA